GUUUUACGUUUGUGGUCGGGGAGGUUCUGACUUCUUUGGGAGGAUGUCACUUUGUUAUUUCUGUUCGUUUUCUGUUACAGUUACUACUUAAUGGUGACAGUUACGAUUAUAUAAAUAAGAAAUAUAGGUGUAUAGAUCAUGGCUACAGCUCAGCCCUGGAAAACUGUGGUGUGGGAGUGGAUAGGGACAGAUGGAAGAUGGAAAUCGUAUUCACCCAAAGUUUCUCAUCUGUUGGAAAAAUCUUAUGAAAAUGUAGUAAAUAUAGUCUGUCUUGGAGAAGUAGAAAAAACUCUGAAACACCUCAGUGUCAACAUGAAUGAAUUUGUAGCAUACUCCGACAAUACAGCAUUUACAUGUCCAGUUCGUAGAAAGAUUUACUCAUGUGAAGGUCAAGAAGCUUCCGGUAUUUUCUGGCAGUGGGAAGGAAAUCAUCCUGGAGAGUGGGAGAUGUACAAUAACGAGAUGACUGAUUGUAUUGAAAAUGGUUUCAAGCAGAAAUGGAAAAAUAUUGACCUUAGCAAAUGGUUCCAAGGUAGUAAGUACAGUAUAAGCUUCCAACGGAUGCUUCAGUACAACAAUAUUACUGGAUUUAAAAGAAGAGUAAGACGUAUAGAAAUGUCAUCCUUUCCACAAGAGAAAGAUGAUGUUCUCUCCACUAAUAGCGUUCAAAAUGAUUCACAAGCAGAAGAAAAACUGUCAACUCAGAAUGAACUUAAAGAAAACAGUAAUGGAACUGAUUAUUCAGAUACUAGUGGGUAUCCGGUUCCUACUACAAGUCUACGAGCCAAAACGGAUCUAAAAAAGUGUGAUUCUAAAAGUGCCUCGUGCAGUACUUCUUCUAAAGAUGCGCACCUUCGAAAUUGCAAUGCUGUUCGGAAUAAGAAGAAAAAAAGAGUCACAGCUGCAGAGAUGAUUGUUAAAUCUGUGAAGAAAUAUCAAAAUGAAUACGACUCAAGAGGGAGCCAAGAUGUUUCUUUUAUCAAUAACGAUGGCGCCAGUGAAGUAAUUGAUCAGUUUUGUAAGGAAUUAACCAUUAGCAUUGAAUCAGAGGACUGUUCAAUAUGCUGUGUUAAACUCUCAGAAGAAUCUCCUUAUGAUAAGGAUCCAAAAUUGGUGUCUCUGGACCAGUGUAAUCAUGCUUUUCAUCACGCUUGUUUGAUAACAAUGUAUAACUCUGGUCCGAAGGAUGGCCACAUACAGUGUCCCAUCUGUAAUAAAAUCUAUGGUGUAAAGAAAGGAAACCAGCCCCCAGGAUCAAUGGAUGUUCAAUUGAUACAUCAUUCGCUCCCGGGGUAUUCUCACUGUAAAACUCUAUGUAUUACUUAUAACAUUAGGCCUGGAGUUCAGGGUCCUGAACAUCCCAAUCCUGGUAAGCCAUACACUGCACGUGGAUUCCCCAGAAAAUGUUAUCUACCAGACACAGAUAAGGGAAGAAAAGUUUUAGAGCUCCUACGUAAGGCAUGGGAUCGUCGCCUAAUAUUUACCAUAGCAACAUCAGCUACUACCAGUGAAUCAGAUACCGUUACUUGGAAUGGAAUCCAUCACAAAACAGAAAUGAGUUCCAGUACCAAAGGCUAUGGUUAUCCUGAUCCCAAAUACUUAGACAAUGUUCUUAAAGAGUUAUCGGUGCAAGGGAUCACAGAGUGAUAAAACAUGCUGAAAAUUUGUGAUAUGUAUAUUUGAUGCCAAACUUACUGCUUACUUUGUUCUCGGUAUUUUGGUUCAUAUCUUCAAGAUUUCAUAAUGAUAAAGUGAUUGAAUAAUACUUUUAGCUAAGGUUUUUCACGUACAUUUCGAUUACUAAGUGUACAAAUGUAUGACAGUAUUCAAGUAUUAAAUGAAAAAAUAAUGUGUAUUUCUUUGUUAAUAAUGUCUAGAAUCACUAAAUCCUUUGUAGCAAGAGAUUGACCAUAAGAAAUAAGUAACAUUGAUGCUACUAAUUUCAUCUUCUGGAUUUUUCAGCAGACGUGCUAUGUCCGAUAAUAUAAAGAAAUUCAUGCUACAUAUUCUUCAAAAAGUAUGUAAAUGUAGGCUCGUACGUAUUCUCAUCUAUAUGCACAACAGAGAGCUAUUACCUAAUGCCACUGCCACGAAGAUUUUUGCACAUGCCACUAGUCUUUAAUCUAGCUCUCACCUCUACGUGUAUUAACAUAUCUAUGCCAGCCUAUCAUGUAUCCAUAAUUAGACUGUAGCUCUCCACCAAUAGGAUGGUGACACAUGAGCAUUUGAAUGAAAGCUCAUUCUUUCCUCAGCCAGAUUUAUUCACUUAUUUUUGGGGGGGGGGGGGAAUUAAUGGACUUUAUGGACUAUUUUUAAACUAUUGGUGUAAACCAUUCUUGGUGUAGUCUUUCGUUCGUUAAUUUUUUUUUGAUUAUGAGAAAGAAAGAUACCAAGUUUUAAACUUUUAAUUAAAAGUUGUAAUUCUGGGAUACAUUGUUCAUUGUCAGUGAUAAGAUUUCUUUGACAGUACUAUUUUCCUGUUGUUUUAACCAAGCAUACACCUUUCAUUAAGUGCUCUCCAGCGUUGUCGUCAAACCAGUGCCCUAGGCCUAUGUGCCACUGACAUACCAGGCCAAUUUUUUACUCUCUUUUUUUUUGGGGGCGGGGGUCAAAUUUUUGUUUCAUCUGGAUCAAAAAUUCAUGUUUAAACAUUUCUCCCAUCUUUCAAGGUUGUGAUGCUGGUCAACGGCAGUCAGUUACUACUGCAAUGGUGACAAUAGGCACUAUGAUGUAGGGUUGGGCAAUACUAUAAUUUUGUACCAGUGAUCUACCAUGUGAUAAUUUUAAUUAUUCAGUGAAGUGUAAAGUGUUAAUAACACUUGAAUAAUGAAUCAAUCUGUGUCAAAUUUACAGAGUAUAUUACAGUACAUGGCAAAGUGAACAUGAUACAACAGCAACAGGAUACAAAAUUACAAGUAAAUCAACAGCUGAUGUACACAUGCAUGCAUAUACAUUAGCACAUGUACAUACAAGUAUACCAUACAAUGAUACAAAACUUGAAAUGUGUGUGUUUAGUAACAUAAAUGCAAAUAAAAUCAAUGUUUUGAAUGUUAUCAGCAGAUGUAGUCAUGUCGCGAGCUUUUACCUCAAAUUCACCAAAUUUCUCACAAAUAUAUGCAAAGUGUGCAAUCAGACUGUUGUAGAGUUUUACUAAUGUACAAAUUUCAAUCCUUGCAAUGCUUUGUUCACGAUGUUUAUUUUUUGUAGAAUGUCAUCCCUUAUGAUGCUCAUCGCUGCUAUUUCUAACUGGCUUAGUUUCUUCUUUUUUACAGAUCUUGCCUCGCUAACUGCUGAAGGUAGUGUACAAGCAGUAUUUAUGACAUCUGUGAGUGCUAGACAUAUAUCCUUAUAAUGCGUAACAAGGGCUUUUAUAGCAUCACUGCUGGCUGCCCACCUUGUUGCUUUUGACACUUUUCUUCUCCAGCAGGAUAGCCCACCUUUGUAGGGAAGCCAAGAAGAAGUUUAGUCAACUGCCUGAGAGAUAAUGGCUGAUUGGGCAGUUUUACAUUCUGCCCACCUGUAAAACACCUUUUGCUCUGCCACUUUUACUGGGUGAAGAGUACUCCUUGCAAGAAAAACAAUACGGUCUUUCACUGAGUCAUGCCCCACUAGGCCAUCCUCCAUAGUGGGUGACACGUUUCAUGGGUUUCCAUUUUUCUGACACUAUGAUUUCAGAAAGGAGCUCAUUUUUGUAAUUUCUUUAUCUACACCAGCUCUAUCACCAUGAUAUCACUGUAGGAUUCUAGCUUUUUUGUUGUGCAGAGAGGUGAAUAUAUACGUUUCUGAAGUUAAUAUUUUCCUUACCUGAAAUUGUUCUACCUCUUUGUACAACCUCCCAAUUCCAUUGUAUUUCUUUUGCUUUGUCAAUGCUGAGCCUUUAUUUCAGUGCUAGUGCUCAAGCAUAUUAUAGUACGUAGAAGAUGUAUCACCCUUUUAUUGAUGAAGGACUAUUGUCUAGCGGUGGCUACAUCAUAGGUUGGCAUAGUACAAAUAAGGGUGGAAGCUUUGUUCAAGGCUUGUAGCGUGUGAAAGAAUCUUCAUGGUAGUGGUGUGAAGUAAUGGCUCUUUGUUGUGCAGAGAGGUGAGUAUCUCUCUGAAAUAUAUUUUCAGAUAAGGAAAAUGCAAGCUUCACUGUAGUGAGUAGAAGACAGCUAGAAACACCAUACAUAUGAUACUUAGAUCACCACACUAAGAAUUCUGAACUUGUUUUUUUUUAUUUGCUCAUGUCCAGUGUUGCUGAAAGGGGGUGGAAUUCCCCAAUGCCCUCUAACUCAGUGAUGAUAAUACCAAGAUGUAAUCUGAAAUUUCCUUUUGUCAUGAUGAAAGUCUGUUAACAUUUAAAAAAUAAUGUUUUAAUUAUACAAAGAAUGGUGUGGCCAUAUCGUAUUGAAUAAUUUGCCCCUAUUGUUUCUGUAUUUUGACAAUAAAACUAGUUGUUCUCGAUAUCUUUUAAGUAAUUUCAGGGGUGUGAUGAAUGCUAUAAAGAAGAAAAGUCUGGUGCUUGUAAGUUUUUUCAGCAGUUUUGUUUGUUCUUCAUAGACAUGUCUUUUUAAAUCUUUUAAGAAUAAAUAUUGUAUCUCAUAUGUUAAUGUUAUUUCGUUUUGUGAUAAUGACAGUUACUUUAAAACAGCACUAAGACAACGAGGUUUUCAUGAUUAUGUGAAUUGGUAAAGGAAGUGUACAUUGUAAUCUAUGAAUUAAACUUUAGAUAAAUAUUUGUUUUUCCA